AUGUAUUCAGGUAAUACAGCAGCAGCAGCAGCAGCUGCUGCAGCAGCAGCAGCAGUAGCAGCAGCAGCAGCAGUAGCAGCAGCAGUAGCAACAGGAGCAGUGGCAGCAGCAGCAGUAGCAGCAGCAGCAGGAGCAGCAGCAGAAGCAGCAGCAGCAGCAGCAGUAGCAGCAUCAGCAGCAGCAUCAGCAGCAGCAGCAGUAGUUGUAAUAGUAGCAGGGUGUAAUAGAGAAGACGACGUAGCAGCAGCAGCAGUAGCAGGGUGUAAUAGAGAAGACGACAUUUAUUUUAGUUUUAUUAAAAAAGAUAGAAGCAGCAGGCAGCAGCAGCAGCAGCAGCAGCAGCAGCAGCAGCAGCAGCAGCAGCAGCAGCAGCAGCAUGUCUUCGUGCUGCAUGCAACCCCCAGCAGCAGCAGCAGCAGCAGCAGCAGCAGCAGCAACAGCAGCAGCAGGAGUAGCAGCAGCAGCAGCAGCAGCAGCAGCAGCAGCAGUAGCAGUAGCAGUAGCAGCAACAGUAGUAGUAGUAGUAGUAGUAGUAGUAGCAGCAGCAGCAGUAGCAGCAGUAGCAGCAGCAGUAGCAGCAGUAGCAGCAGCAGCAGCAGCAGUAGCAGUAGCAGUAGCAGCAACAGUAGUAGUAGUAGCAGCAGCAGCAGCAGCAGUAGUUGUAGUAGCAGCAGCAGCAGCAGCAACAGCAGCAGCAGCACCAGUAGUAACAGUAGUCCUAGCAGCAGCAGCAGCAACAGCAGCAGCAGCAGCAACAGCAGCAACAACAGCAGCAGCAGCAGCAACAACAGAGUAAAACAAAAGACAAAGAAAGAGAAAGAAAAGAAAGAAACAAAAUAUAUAAUAAAAAUAGAAACAGAAGUUGAUAGAGAGCUGGCUCUACCCCCUGACGAACUGUCUCCUUUUGUCUCCUUUAAAAAGGAGACAGAAGGGGGGGGCCCCCCAUCAGUACCCAAAAAGGGUACAGUUAGGGGGGGCCCCCCACCUGUGCCCAGAAAGGAGACAGAGGGGGGGGCCCCCCUACCCCUUUUUAUAAAGGAGACAGAUGCGGGGGGGCCCCUCUCUGUUAUUAAAGAGACAGAUUGGGGGGCCCCCCUAUCUGUACUUAUAAAGGAGACAGAGGGGGGGGGCCCCCUAACUGUACCCAAAAAGGAGACAGAUGGGGGGCCCCCCCUACCUCUCUUUACAAGGAAGACAGAGAGGGGCCCCCCAUCUGUACCCAAAAAGGAGACAGAUGGGGGGGCCCCCCUACCUGUACCCAAAGAGACAGAGAGGGGCCCCCUACUAACACCUAAAAAGGAGACAGAGAGCGGGGGCCCCCUAACUGUACCCAAAAAGGAGAUAGGGGCCCCCCUACCUAUACCCAAAAAGGAGAUAGGGGGCCCCCCACCUGUACCCAAAAAGGAGAUAGGGGGCCCCCCACCUGUACCCAAAAAGGAGAUAGGGGCCCCCCUACCUAUACCCAAAAAGGAGAUAGGGGGCCCCCCACCUAUACUCAAAAAGGAGACAGGGGCCCCCCCACUUCUACCCAAAAAGGAGAUAGGGGCCCCCCUGACUGUACCCAAGAAGGAGAUAGGGGCCCCCCUGCCUGUACCCAAAAAGGAGAUAGGGGUGGGGGGCCCCCCACUUCUACCCAAAAAGGAGAUAGGGGCCCCCCUGCCUGUACCCAAAAAGGAGAUAGGGGCCCCCUCCCUAGUACCCAAAAAGGAGAUGGGGGGCCCCCUGCCUGUACCCAAAAAGGAGACGGGGGCCCCCCCACUUCUACCCAAGAAAGAAAUAGGGGGGCCCCCACCUGUACCCAAAAAGGAGACAGCUAAGAAGGGCCCCCUACCUGUACCCAAAAAGGAGAUAGGGGCCCCCCUGCCUGUACCCAAAAAGGAGAUAGGGGGCCCCCCCCUAGUACCCAAAAAGGAGAUAGGGGGCCCCCCACCUCUAUCGAAGAAGGAGACAGGGGGCCCCCCGCUUCUACCCAAAAAGGAGACAGGGGCCCCCCCCCUAGUACCCAAAAAGGAGACAGUUAAGAAGGGCCCCCUACCUGUACCCAUAAAGGAGAAGGGGGCCCCCCCCCCACUAGUACCCAAAAAGGAGACAGGGGGCCCCCCUCUAGUACCCAAAAAGGAGACAGGGGCCCCCCUACUUACACCUAAAAAGCAGAUAGGGGGGCCCCCCCUAGUACCCAAAAAGGAGACAGGGGGCCCCCCACCUGUACCCAUAAAGGCGACAGGGGGCCCCCCACCAGUACCCAAAAAGGAGACAGGGGGCCCCCCCCAAGUACCCAAAAAGGAGACAGGGGGCCCCCCAGCUGUACCCAAAGAGGAGACAGAGAGGGGCCCCCUGUCUCUGUAUAAAAAGGAGACAGAGGGGGGCCCCCAUUGUAUUUAUAAAAGGGAGACAGAAGAAAAAAGGAGACAGAAAAAAAAAGAAAAAGAAAAUGAGUAUCUUGGGGGUUAG